AUGCAGGUGGUUUUGAGAAAGGGGCGAGACGGCGAUUGGGUGGCCAUAGAGUCUGCCGUGCGAGUGCUGGUCUUGCUAAAUGAGGUGGCGUCGGUGUUUCUGGUCGCGUGGGUGCAGAGCGAUCUGGAUGAGAGCCUCGUUAAGGAUAUCGCCCUUUCUUCGGGACUUACCGGCCCAUCGGGCCGCGACACGUCCGGUCCAUCAGCAACGGUAGCAGCGAAUGCUACUGGCAUCCCCGAGCACCGGCUGCUGUUUUGUUCCUCCCACAUCGGCCAGGUGGCCGUGGUGCGGCAGCUAACUCCUAGCCUGCACAUUGGAGGUCCAAUCGCGCUACUGGAGGGCAUCUGCCGCUUCGUGCCUUCCCUCUUGCGCAUCGACCCUAGCGCGGUCGAACCCCCUCCCGAAGCGACCGCGUCGCCAGCCGCCCCGCCCGAGAAGGAAACCGGUAGAAGGGACGGGGGCUACGCCUUGGAAUGGAGAGAGUUCAGGUCGUUGGCAGCGGCGGCCGGGUUGGAAUCAGCGACGGGCGGAGAAGCGCAGGGCGCCGGCUCCAGCGCGAGUUGUAGCUCGGGCGCCAAACAACCGGACAUCGCUGCGAUGGCGGGAGGCCCUUGUGAGCAAGGGGCGGCCGAUGACACGGAGAAGAAGCCGGGGGUUGUACCGGAGCCCUCCUCGGCACGUGGGUCGAAACCAUCAGACGUUGAGGGUGUUGGCGAGACAUUUCCCCCCUUGCCAACGAGCCCUCCGGCGGUCUCAUAGCUACUAUUUCGGGCCAGUUUUUACCGGGGGCGAGUCCCGUGCCGAAAGGCAAUGGGGGUGUGCUGAGCGAUGUCGUGUUGCCAGUUGCGCCUGAGAUAGGAAGGCCUUGGACCGGUGGGGUAUGGCUGAGCAAGUGCUGUGGGCACUCGGCUACCUGUAAUUUGUAAUUUGUACAGUGACUUGUGAAUGCAUGGCCUCGUUGGCGCGUGCACUCACACUCCGUGUUUGUUCUCUGUUUUACAGUAAAUCAGUCGCCCGACGUUGGGGGGCGGAGGAGGUUGCUUUUUUUGGCGUAUCAGUACAUCGUUAUGCACUGGGUUGGACACUGAAAGCAUCGGGGGUUGAGGUAACGUAUUGCCUCAACAGGUGGUUGAUGGCUGCACGCCUCUUGUGGUGUAGAUAUUUUCUUGUUCCGAAGACUGUAGCGAUUGUUUCCUUACAGCUUCGAGACGUUGUGUGGUGGCAGGCAUGCCUGAUUGCGUGGCGUCGAUUGUGAAACGGUGCUUAACACGUCAUGCGUUUUGUGACAAGCCGGAAUCAGUUGGUUGUUCGGUCCGAACAUUUGUCGACGUUAUUGGCUCCGUUGGAUAUUGUAGCACGGGUGUACAUACGUGGUACGAAAGCAUGUCUUGCCUGCAACUAAUGGUUUGGCCACUGUGUUCCAAGUGACGCCGCUUUUUUCCCUGCGGUUAUUUAGUCAGGCCGACGUCUUUGGCACGAUCUUUUGUCAUGGGCCACACCCUGGCAGACCUAUUGCGUAUGAUCUCUCUUCAAGUGUUACCCUUCACCUUGACAGUGCAACGGCCGAGUCAUUUGCUUAGCGCUUGCUCGAGAUUGCACUCCCUCACGACAGGAAGGGUUGAGAAAAGACGCCCUGGGUGGUAGUUCUGCGCAUAUGGAGUCAACGAGUAGUCUAGUCCGCACGCCUAAACAGCCCGAAGGAAAAUCGUCCGGACCCACCGGUCCAGUCCCAACGAAAAACGACUUGUGCCACGCGAAAACUCGCACAGCAAGCCCCAAGAGAAAAAAAGUAACCAGAAAAAAAUAAUAUCGCCGCGACACAAUACGUGGCACUGCUUCAAUUACGAAGAUGAACGUUGCUUCCAACGCGCCACAGGGCACCAGUGCGCACGAAAAUAACAUCCAAGUCGGUGCAUAAAAAUGAAACUUGACCAAGAAAAGCCGAAGAAAAACAACUGCUGUCGCAUGGUGUGUUGUCGGCGGAACGUGGUGUCAAGGGCUAAAUUUACGACCUGACAGGACUGACUAUAGAAAACACUUUGAACAACCCACGGUUAUAUGUGUGUACGUACAUCGUGUGAAGGAGGUCGAGGCCGGGGAGGCCACCGCAGGCAAUCUCGGAAGGAGUUCAAGAGCAACAUGGCGUUUCUGGCUGCGGUUACAAGCAGCAAUUCCGACACAGAACAAACGUUCCGUCCCAAC